AUGAACCAGGGGUUUGAAGGGGCAAAAAAACGUUGGCAACGUCGGCAACCAACACCUUGUCGAAAGCAAGAUACAAAUAUGUAUCUGUAUCUGGGAUACCAGCAGAAAAGUUCAAGCUUAGGAAUGAUUGCGUUCUGGUGUAAUGAGAAAAGUUGUGUCGAUAAAGCAGAAGAGAGCGCAAGCAUAGCGGAAAGCAGGCGCAUCGGACAAACGCCAUCAAGACGGAGCUGGAAGUGGUGGAAGGUGAGAGUCCCUGGAGCCCACUGGAACUGGCAACUGGCAACUGGCAAUCAGCAGCUGCGAAGAUUUUCAGACACGAACUCCCAGUUGCAGAGGACUGGUGUAAUUGAUAGCAUUCGACAUAGAGAACAGUUUCUAGAGCACACUGCUCAUAUCAGAGAGAGUAAAGAACACGUUAACCCGAGUCCUUUACGGAAGAAUAAUCUUCUAGAGAAGCCAGUUGCUGCAACUGAAAUAACAAGGAUUGCCUUAAUACCCAGUUACACAGACCAUGGCCUUCUUGGUUCUGGGUACAAGUGA